AUGAAACAUGAGCAUAUACGGAGAGGCUUAUUGGCCGAGCCUUUAAUCAUAGCUAGUUGCGAACUUUGGAAAGCAACUAUUGACAUCAACUACACUUGGUGUUCCUACUCAAAUUUGUUGUACACAUAUAAUUGUCUUGAUUUAUCAAUUUUGAAGGAAGUAGCAUUAUUUGCACUUGUAAGGAUGGGUUUUAACACUAAAUGUAUUUGCCUGCUGGGGAAAAGGGGUGGCAGUAAAGUAGUGGGAAUGGUUUUUUGGGAUUCUUUCCCAUAUUCACUUGCCAGAUUAGAAGACAUUGAACAAUGUUAUGUUCCAUCCAAUACCCACUUGUUACUUAAUACAUUUAACGGAACACUAUAUCAGGAAACUUACUACUGGAAAGUGAAUGGAGUUGAACUUCAAGCUUCAGAAUGUGGACAUUUGAAGUCUAAAAGACUGAAACUUGCAAGAAACAAGCUUGGUGUUGUUAAGAUGGUGGACAAAGAUUGGGUACAUUUGAAUAGAUGCACUGACGAGUAUUUGAACGCAGCAUUGAACUUUAUGGAGAUGGCUAAUCAAAACGCAGGAUAUUUAGGAAAGAUUCUAUGCCCUUGCAAACAUUGUCGGAAUUUGAGUCACCAUCGUGUUGAUGAUGUUUAUGAACACUUGGUCAUAAAUGGAAUGAAUCCUACAUACACAACUUGGUUUCAUCAUGGGGAGGAGCCAAGUGCUGCACAAAAACCUAAUGAAGUGGAAACGUCAGAUGCUCAUAACUUAUACAGUGCGACUUAUGCACGAGAUACAGACCAUCUUGAACCACUCGACGAAGCUAAAGAUGAGGUCUUUGCAAAAGCAUUAGGGGAUGCAGAAACUCCAUUAUACCCUGGUUGUGAAAACUAUACGAAGUUGUCAGCAAUUGUUAGUUUGUACGAGAUCAAAGCUCAAAGUGAAUGGACAGAUGAGAGUUUCACUAUUCUUUUGGGGAAACUUCACGAUAUGUUCCCCAAGGAUAAUUCACUGAUAUGCUCUGUUUGUGCAGUUAGAAAGUUCCUUAAAACAUUUGAAUUGGGUUACGAGAAAAUUCAUGCUUGUGUGAAGGAUUGUUGUUUAUUCAGGAAAGAGAACGCAGAAUUGGAGAAUUGUCCAAAAUGUGGUUGUUCAAGAUGGAAGGUAGACGUACACACACAAAAAAUAAAAAAAGGGGUUCCUGCCAAAAUGUUGAGAUAUUUUCCAACAAUUACAAGGUUUCAGAACAUGUAUAGGUCAUUGGAAGUAGUUAAAGAUUUGACAUGGCACUCUACUCAUAGAAGCAGUGAUGCCAAGAUGCGACACCCGGUAGAUUCACCAACUUGGAAAACAAUCAAUGAUAAGUGGCCAUCUUUCUCAGCAGACCCACGGAAUCUAAGACUUGGUCUUACUACUGAUGGUUUCAACCCAUUUCAAAAUUUGAGUUCGACGUAUAGUUGUUGGCCCGUUAUGUUGGUUAUGUACAACUUGCCACCUUGGUUAUGGAUGAAAAAGGAAAAUGUUUUGUUGACACUUUUGAUCCCAGGACCUAAGCAACAGGGUAAUGAUAUUGAUAUAUAUCUACGACCUCUUAUUGAAGACCUACAGAUUUUGUGGACCAACGGAGCACUUGUCUAUGAUAGGUUCACUAACUCUACAUUCAAUUUGAGGGCAAUUUUGAUGUGGACAAUGCAUGAUUUUCCAGCAUAUGGAAAUGUUGCCGGGUGUACGACAAAGGAUAAAUUUGCAUGUCCUAUUUGUGGUGAAAAUACACGUUUUCUAUGGCUGAAAUUCUGUAGGAAAACUGAAUUGCUAGUACGUAAUAACUUGGAUGUCAUGCAUAUCAUUAAAAAUAUUAUUGAGAGCCCUAUUGGUACGUUGUUGGAUAUUAACGGAAAAUUCAAGGAUGGUUUAAAUGCUCGCAAGGAUAUGCAAGAUUUAGAAAUAAAGCAUGACUUGCAUCCGCAAGAUCGAGGGUCUAGGACAUAUCUUCCUCCAGCUUCCUAUACACUGUCCAAGGACGAGAAGCGAAUAUUUUGCAAGAGGUUGUUUGACUUAAAAGUACCUGAUGGGUAUAGUUCAAAUAUUGGGAAUUGCAUAUCAAUGGAUGAAUAUUAG